AUGCGGGGUACAGGACUGGGGUAUGGCGUGAUCGUCGACUACAACGAAGCCCUCCAACUUUUAACGCUGAAGAUCACCUGUGUGCCCCAGCCCGACCAAGCAAUCAAGAGCAUCAAAGCACAGCUGGAUAAAUUCACGCUGACGGAGGCCAUCAUCAGGCGCUCCAAGUACAUCGCGGCCAACAUUUUCUACACAAAAAUGAUGACGGGCCCGCAGCGCCAAGCCGUCCUUGUAACACAGCUGCUCCGACGGGACACCGGGAAAAAGCUCAAAAACCAGCAGACGAACAAGAACUGGGCCCCGGUCGGAAAUGAAAGCUACACGGUUCCGAAUAUCGACGACAUCAACUCCACUUGGCUUUGGCCCGUCUGCGAUGGCGUCCACUGGUGGCUGUACGUGGUCCAGCCGUCCUCAGGCACCGUGCAGCUAUGGGAUUCGCUUUUCAACGAAUCGGAUGAAGCUGUCUACUUGAAGCGGUUUGAGACGGCUGAACGUCGAUUGGAGGAGUUGUGGCCUCAGAACGAGUGGCGCCUCAACUACCGAAAGAUAUGCGAUCAAACCGACGGAUCCACCUGCGGAGUCUGGGUGUGCGUGUAUGCCGACGCGAUCGUGGGAGGAGUCGAGCCGAGGGCGACGAUGGGCGACAUGCCGCAUUGGAGGGAGCGCAUCCUAUGGGCAUUGGUCACCGGACGUCGCCCCCAUCUUCCAGAAUAUCGAGCGUCUAAUCGAUCGCGCAAUACGCAGCCAAACACUCCAAGAACAUCGAUCCAGCGUCCCGGUGGCGUCCCUCCGAGGGAUCGGGCUGCGGCCAAGUCGACGAGUCGCUCCCGUCCCAACCAGCGCUCUCCCUCAACAGCCGUACACUGUCGAAAGCAAGGUAACCGCCAC